AUGACGUUUCUUUCUUUCUUUCUAUUAAGGGAUAAUUGUGAUAACCUGUUUUAUUUUACUUUUGAUUUUCUAUCUGUUCUUCAUAAUUUAUUUUUGUUGCCUUUUGUUUUUCUCUCUUACUUUUUCAUUUUCUUAAUAAUUACAUUAAAUUAUCUAUCCUUUUCUUCCUUCUUACUAACUUACAUUAAUACUUUCUUUCUUAUUUCCUUACUUUCUUUCUUUCUUUCUUUUUCUCUUUCUCUCUUUCUUUCUUCUUACUUCCGUACUAUCUUUUUUCUAUCUCUUUUUUUUCUUCUUACUUCCAUACUUUCUUUCUUUCUUUCUUUCUUUCUUUCUUUCUUUCUUUCUUUCUUUCUUCGUACUUCUUUACUUUCUUUCUUCUUACUUCCUUACUUUCUUUCUUUUCUUCUUUCUUCCUUUCUUUUAUUCUCUCAUUCUUCCUUUCUUUCUUUUUUCAUACGUUUUAACAUUCUUUCUUUUUUCAUUCUCUCAGUCUACAUUCUUCCCAACUUUCUUCAUUUUUUCAUACGUCCUUACAUUCUUUCUUUCUUUCUUUCUUUCUUUCUUUCUUUCUUUCUUUCUCCCUCUCUUUCUUCUUCCUGUCUUCCUUUUCUUUUUACUCCUCCUUCCUUCCUUUCUUUCUGA